CCGCGACGCGCUGCCCUCACGCGCCCUGGAUGGCGCUUUCCCUUGCUGGGAUCGACUUAGAAUGUGGUAACUCAAGCACCUGGUGGCACAGUGGACUAGUGCAACCGUCCCAGCUUCCCGUGCUAUGUUCUCAGCAGUAAAAAAAUUAUGACAUCAACAUCCAAAGGCAUUCUUCGCCCAUUUCUAAUCGUCUGCGUCAUCCUGGGCUGCUUUGUGGCAUGUCUGCUCAUUUACAUCAAACCCACGAACAGCUGGGUCUUCAGUCCAAUGGAGUCUGCAAGUUCUGUGCUGAAGAUGAAAAAUUUCUUCUCCGCGAAAACUGAUUAUUUUAAUGAAACCACUAUUCUCGUUUGGGUGUGGCCAUUUGGGCAGACUUUUGACCUUACGUCCUGCCAAGCGAUGUUCAACAUCCAAGGGUGCCAUCUCACAACGGACCGUUCAUUGUACAACAAAUCCCACGCGGUCCUGAUACACCACAGAGACAUCAGCUGGGAUCUGACUAACUUACCUCAGCAGGCCAGGCCACCCUUUCAGAAGUGGAUUUGGAUGAACUUGGAGUCACCCACUCAUACCCCCCAAAAGAGUGGCAUUGAGCACUUGUUCAACCUGACUCUGACCUACCGCCGCGACUCAGAUAUUCAAGUGCCUUAUGGGUUCUUGACGGUGAGCACGAAUCCCUUUGUGUUUGAAGUGCCAAGCAAAGAAAAGUUGGUGUGCUGGGUCGUGAGUAACUGGAACCCUGAACAUGCCAGGGUCAAGUACUACAACGAGCUCAGCAAGAGUAUUGAGAUCCACACGUAUGGGCAAGCGUUUGGAGAGUAUGUGAAUGAUAAAAACCUGAUUCCCACCAUAUCUACUUGUAAAUUUUAUCUGUCUUUCGAAAAUUCAAUUCAUAAAGAUUACAUCACAGAAAAGCUCUACAAUGCAUUUUUGGCUGGCUCAGUACCUGUUGUCCUUGGACCAUCUAGGGAAAACUAUGAGAAUUAUAUUCCAGCUGAUUCAUUCAUUCAUGUGGAAGAUUAUAACUCUCCCAGUGAGUUGGCAAAGUAUCUGAAGGAAGUUGACAAAAACAAUAAGCUGUACCUUAGUUACUUUAACUGGAGGAAGGAUUUUACUGUAAACCUCCCACGAUUUUGGGAAUCACAUGCAUGCCUAGCUUGUGAUCACGUAAAACGGCAUCAAGAGUAUAAGUCUGUUGGUAAUUUAGAGAAAUGGUUUUGGAAUUAAAGUUUCCAUCAUUUUCAAAUUUAGCAAAAUAUGUUAAUGACACAUCAUUCAAGUUUUAAGGAUAAUAGAAUCACUUUGCUUUUGUGUGACAGUUUAUUUAAAACCCUUAAGUAACAUGUAUAUUUUGAUGGAAAUUUUUAAGAGAUCAGAAUCAGCAAUCAUUCCAUUUGGUUUUAAAUUAUCCUGUAUAUAUGUGAUAAUGAACACUGAAAAUAAUUUAUUUGUCACUCUCAUUUGUAAACAUUCUUUUUCACAUUUUAUAGUUGCCUGUAAAGAAAGAUUAUGAUUUCGAUAUUUCUAUACCAAUCAGAUCUUUAAUAGAUUUGGGAAAUGAAAAUGCAUACCCUAAAAUACGGGAGACUUUUUACCAAGUAUUAUACUAUCUAGAAUCUAGCUUGCAUAUGUGAACAGAGAAGGGUUAUAGCAUUACUUAAUUCUAAACCUACUUGACUUCAGAAUUGGAUGCUGUCGGUAACUGACGCAAUUAUUGCUUAUUUAUCACAUUUGUGAGGAUGAACUUACUCAUGUAGCAAAUAAGAAAGAUAUGAAUCCCAAAGUUAGUAGACUUCAUAUUCAAUUUCAUUAAGUUGUCUUGGAAUGGUGGACUUUAAAUAUCUAAAGUAAGUAUGCAAGAAUUGUGAGACAUACAAUUUAUGUGGGUAUUGUGAUAUUUUUUAGUGCCUAAUAACACCUAAUCUUUGAUAGUUUCCCUUCAAAUCCUGAGGAUAAUCAUUGUUCUAAAAGUAAGUAAUCCCCUCAUAUAACAAUGAAAAAAUGAUAUUUGCAAAUGCAAAUACAUGUAUAAAUUUUGACAUUUAUAUAACUUUAAUUACUCCAUUCAUUUAAAACACUUUUCCAAAGCAUCCAUAUUGAAAAGUUUUAUUUUAUGUAUUGGGUAAUAAACAGAAAAAAACUUGAAAGAUAUAUCCUAUCAUCUAAAAGAACCCAAACAAAAAUUUUACUAAUGGGUCUAACAUAUCAUUAAAUAUAAUACAGUGAGAACCUACAAGAAAUACACAGUGCUGACAUAGAGUAAAAUUUCAAUAUUUAUGUAUUAAAUUAAUUAACAACAAAAAGUCAUGGGUAAAAUUUGUUUCAGGAAAGCAACAGUUCUAGCUCAUAGCUGCUAAUUGAAAUUUACCUUUUUUUAUUCCAUUUUAAAUAUUAUCCAUACAUAGCAUAUGUUGCUAUGAUAUUCAGGGCUUUACAGAACCAAUGUAAACUUAUUAUUGCACUGAAUUUGGAGACCUGAUAUUUGUGAACGUUCAGCUGCCUGCAGAAAUCCUCUUCUGUAAGUGUGGAAAAAAUAGAUAGGCAAAUGUGGGUAUAGUAGGUUAAAAAGAAAACAGAUAUGAAAACUCCUUGUUUGAAAAUAAUGUUUACAGAACAUUAUUCUCCAAAGGAUUUCUAAUGCUUGUGAUCUACUCUGACCAAAACCAGAAAAAAAAAAAAUAAUGUUCUGGUGACAUCUAGUUGGAUCUUCUGUGGUUAGUUAUACUUUUUCUAUUUCCUGUUGUAAUCAACAGAGCUUACACACUCUCUCUGCACCACAAAUAGAUUAUAGGGAAGAUUAAUUUUAUUUCAGUAAACAGCAAGUAUGUGCUCUGUGAGGGAAUGAGUUUCCCCAGCAUGGGAAGGACUUAAGAAAACAAAACAAAACAGAAUUAAACAGAGAGCUUGAUCCCAUGUUCUCUGUAUUUUUCUUCCUUCCUUCCUUUGUUUUUUUCUUUCUUUUUUUUCUUCCUUUCUUUCUUUCCUUCUUUCUUCUUUUUCUUUUUUUACACAUAAUUGCACAGGUAAUGUCAGUCUCAAACUACCAGAGAAAUAAAGAUGAGAGUGUGCUGUCACUGCCUGGUUUGUGACACAAGCUUCUUAUAAAUUGCAUCUUUUACCAUUCUCAAAGGAGAUUGUAAGAGUCAUUAUUGAUUUAGUAUAUACUAAUAUAUAUGUACACACAUACUAGUAAAUUUGCCCAGUUGUUUAACUAUUCAACACGUGUUGGAAUUGCAAGCUCUUUUUAAUCAUCUGACCCAACAUAAAUUUCCUUUACAUUAUCUCUUCUAACCACACAUUGAUUUUUCUAUCUAUUAAGAAAUAGUACAUUAUAUGAACGCUUUCCUAAAGGCUCUGAUCAUACAUUUAUUUGUUGAAAAGUCAGUUUCACACAUUUAUGUGUUAUGUUUUUGAUCUAUGAAUUGUAGAGCCCUAAAGAUGCAUUGCUAAGUUUAAAGUCUGCUUUCUUUGAAAGGUGGAAAGUGUUUGAUAUUGCUUGCAUCCACCAUUGCUAAAUUGGAUGCUAAGAGACCUGAAGACAAUUAAUUACCUCUUCCGUUGACUAUGAAUUUAAGUUCAUUUUUGGACUGGAACUGCAACUAAAUACCCAUAAUAUUAGCAAAGCCAAGGUUCCACUGUUUCAUCUGUACAGUGAGAGCCCAAUGCCAAGCUAUAGGAGUUAAUGUCUAAAUUUCAAGUGCACAAUGAAUGAGACUGUUUUACUUUAAUUAGAAGAAAUCAAAACAAUAUUCAUAAGUCAAACUCUUCUUUCUGUUUAUGAGUUAACUACUUAUAAAGACAUUAUUUAUUCCUGACAUACGCUGAAAGACAGGCAUGCCAACUCCUUACGUAAUGAUAGUAGAGAUUAGCAUUUAAGGAUCCUAUUGCUAUUAAUCUCCUGUUUUCUCUAUCCUAUCCACACCUUUCUGUACAAAUACGUCUCAAUUCUUAUAAAUGUAAAUAUCAUAUUGGCAUUAUUUAGUGUCUGUGGGUUGGUACAUUCUGGAAGGACUUCAGCCUUUGAAUAUAUAGUAAAUGGAACUUUGAGAUGUAGACUUUUCCUGAUUUAGUUGUUUUAGCUGUUGAACAUUAGCAGAGGAAAUGAGAUUCACUAUUUAUGAGAAAUAGCCACUGAAAAGAUAUGCCAUUGACCACUCUUUUAAUAAAUCCUGUGGCUCACAAUUUUUCUAAGAAUAUAUUUUAUGAAAAAUAGAUUUAUUGAACCAAAUCGGCUUGCUGUUGAUUAUAAUAAGACAGAUAAUGUAUCUAGGAACACAUGAUGAUGAAUCUAAAAAGUCCAUAAACAAGUUUUCACUCAAAAGUGUAGACAGUCAUUAUCACCAGUGCUGUGAAUGUUUAAUUGUUAAUUAAUGCAGCACUUAUUAGUAAGAAUUUGAAAAUAAUUAUUUUAAGCCUAACCGAUAAGAAAAUUUACUGAAUUAUUUAUCUAGAUGUAUUAUAUUUUAAAGAGGGAAGACCAUGGCAGCCAUAAAUUUUAGGACAGCCAUGACUUAAUCUGAAGUAGAAAAUAUAAAAAAAUAAUCUUAGUGGGAAACCAAUAUCAAUUUACAAGGUUCAUAUUUACUAUGAAAAGGCACAGUCCUAGAAUGUAUGGAGCUUGAUCCAAAACCCUUGAAAUGUAAAGGGACAGAACACUUAAGGAACUAUUUGCUGAGCUUUUAAAUUCUUGCCUCAAAUUAGAGAUUAACUAAGGGAGAAAUAAAAACAGAAAACAAACUACUGAGAUUUUUUUUUUCACGUGUCUAAUUUCAGACUAGAUUUCAUGGCUGUUAUUCACCCAGAAAGCAUUUGGUGUAAAUUAAUGUUUCAAAAUAUUCUAGUUCUCCACAUUUUACUUUGUGCUUGACCAAGUCUGUCAGCAUCCCUAACCUCUAAUUUCAAGAGAGGGAGGUGUUAAAAGUUGUAACCAAGCUACUGAAUAUAACAGAUUUUAGAAGCUAGAGUAUAAGCAGCUCCUUAUGCAGGAGGGUUAUUAACAAAUGCCUAUCAAAUAGUUACAUCAAUCAAAUUCGUGGACAUGAAAGACACUUUUAUUGUAGCCCAAUACCAGCUUCUUCACACUGAAUAGAGAUAUAUUUUAUAUUAGUUUUAUAAUUUAUAUUGCUCCCAGAUGCAGACUACAGGAGGUUUAAGUCCUUCUUAUCUUAUAUUUUAAGACUCAAAAAGAAAUAAAACGUUAAAAAAGAUUAAACUAGAUUUGGAAUUUGUUCUAUUUUAAUAUUAACCACUCACCAACAGAUUCCAAUAAAAAGGAAUUAAUAUGUAAGGAGAAUACAGAAUAAAACACCAUGACAGGCAAGUACAUAUCACCAAACUAUGGGGAGAGGGACAGAGGUUCACCCUUUGCCUUUGCUAAUUGCUUUUGUUGUCUAGUGCAUGUACUGCGAAGACCAGCAGACAGGCUGUUCUUGCUGUGGACAUGUCGACUCUGGAGUUUUUAAUGGCACUUUGAAAAAUGGAUAAGCUCUGCUACCCCUCAAAGUAUUGUCCUUCUUUGUGAUUCAUGUUCGGUCCAUCCAUACUCAUAAGCACUUAGUAGAGUCUAAAUGGUAGACACACUGCUAACCUAGAAACAUGAGUAAUUCUAUGCUAGGUUGUCACUGCAACAACUGUAGCCUUGAGGAAAUCACUUGACCUCUCUGGACAAAUUAUGUUGGUAAGGAUUCCUUCAGCACCCUGCUUUUUAAUAGCAGGCCUAGAUUGAUAUAUGCAAAAAUUUAAAUUUUAAAUUUCCCUUCCCACCUAAAAGUAUUUUCGGAAGUUAAUACUUCAAAUCUAAUUUCUUCUUGUUUCUCUAUAACAAAAUUUAAAUUUUUAAAGCAUGAAACUGGUUAUUUGAGUGCUGGAAAAAACAUAAUCAUGGUUCUUUACUGGAGCUUACAAUGUAGUAAGUGCUCUAUUAACUAAUAUUUUUCUUUUGUAUUUAUUUUCCUCUUAGGUAUUUUGUAACACACUGUUCCCUGGGAAUUUAGUUGCCUAUAGGAAACCAACCAUAUGCGGAACCCUAUUCUCAAGCAUUUCAGAUUUUUAUGCACUACUCAAAUUCUUACUAUAAUAAUCUAAAAAUAUUUAUUGAUGUAAAACUCAGGAAUUCAGUGGAAGCUCAUUAGGCCCUCCAACACGAUUAUACUGUUUGUGUGUAUAAGACUGACUACAUUUAAUUUUUUUUAUUCUUUUAUUAGACGUUACAGAAUUAAUGUCUAAUUUAUUUUUAUAUUCAUUUAACAUGCAUUUAAUGUAUUUUCAUUUAAAAGCAAAUUCCAUACCAUUAAUCCCCUUCCAAGCCAUGGGAUCUAGAACUUGCAGAGACAUGUACUAAUAGUACUGACACCUAGUCCCUGUUCCAUGCAAUUGGAACCUCUUCAGAUAAUAAAACAAAAAAUUUAGCUAACAACAACAACAACAGGGAAAAAAAGUAGGAAGGCACAAGCCAUGCUGUUAUUACAAAGUUAUCCACUUGGCAGAGGUUUUCAGAUUCAAAUGUGCCUUGGGGACUCCCUAGAUCAAUGAUAUAGCAACAAUUUACAUCAUUUGAAAGAUUGCUAUAAUACAUAUUAUUGAUUGCUUAGGUCUGUAUUUUUAAUAACUCUCUAAACACCUCAGACAUGUUGCUAGUUUUGGCAGUCUAUGUCCUUCUUAUUGAGGAGAAACUAUUCUAUGUUUGAACAAAACAGGCAUGAGAUGCUGCCUUUCUUUAUCUCACUUGGAAUCUUCUUAAGUAUGUUGUAUUUCAUAGCCCAAGGUGUCUCUCAAACCUAUGAUGUCUUGUACAGUUGUGCUGCUUCUCAGUUAUGAUUCAGGACAAACUGCUUACCAUUUCUAGAUGUUUACCUGGAAUUCUUUUUCUUUAAUUCUCUCUUUAAUUCUUAGUUUUUAAAUGCAUUUUUUUCCUCUUUUAAGUACAAAAACAAGGUAGAUAGUUAUUAUGGUCUCUUGCAGCUAUUAAAAUAUCACACAUGUUUAAUUAAUUGCUUUCCUGGGUCUCAGAAUUUUGAGGGAUAUGACAAUAAGUUAUAACAUUGUUUUUUGUCUGCAUCAUGAAUUCAGAAUUAAAUGCAAACUAUGCUAUUAACUAGCUGUGCCUGAGCUCAUCACCUCUGUGUCAGGAUUUGUAAGUGUAUGGUAGGUGUAGCCUAUUUUGAAAAUAAAUGAAUCCAUUUCUAAAACAUUAGAUAAUUAUAUACACAUACAUUUAUGUGUAUUAUUUGAGUGUUCUACCACUGAGAUAUGCCUCUGUGAUUGUAAAAGAGAAUAAGAAAAAUCUAGAUUAUAAUCUAGAAUAUAUUAAAAUUUCAGCUCUAGCAUCUAUUGUUGUUCAUCUUGUAGCUCAGCUCAAAAAGGACUGCUGAAAAUUUAAACAAGCCGAAGGGUGAUUACUCAACAAAAGAGAAAUACAUAGACAUAGUGUGAAAGCAAGCACUGACAUUCCUGAAAUUAGAACGGUUAAUCCUCAAUAUGCACAAACGUAGGUAUGAAGCAUGCAGUACUGUCUACUGCAAUUAGAAAAUCCUGGAACGGGCUUGGGGGUGAUAGUGAGGGACAGACAGACAGAGGGUAUUUGCUCACCCCACUAAGCAAAUACCAUUCCCUGAAAUAAACAGGACUAAUUUUUCUUCACUAUUAUGAGAAAUCAGUCACUUGAUAUUAAUUUAGCUCAGUAGCAGCUAAUACAGCUGAAGUCCAAGUAUACAAUAGCAGAAAGAUUCUCAGAGAUUAUUUUCUGGUGAGGAAGUAGAAAUAUCCAUCAACUUGACUAAAUACAUCACACUGACAGCUAGUUUAGGCAUAGAGCCAGCUUAGGAUAAAUGCAAAGAGAACUGAGCCUCCCUGUACCUUCCUUAAAGAUUACAAAAAAAGUCAAAUGUUAAGAUAUAAACUCAUUAAACAGAAAUUAAUUUGUUCAGUGAUGCAGAAAUCAAAUAGAUUUAGCCAAGAUGUGAUUAAUACUCUACGAAUUCCAUAAUAAAUAGAGUUUUGACAUGAGCAAUCUCAACUAUGCAUAUACAUAAUUUUUAAGUUGAAUGGCCCAAAAAACAAACACUUAAAAAAAACUUCACGUUAAAAAGUAAUAAUUAAAACCGGAUAUUAAUUAUUUUAAAGUAUUUUUUAAUUACUAGAAAUGUUAUAUUUUAAUUAUAACAUUAGAAGACCUCAAAAAUUGAAUUGGUUUACUAAAUUCACAGGACACCAAUAUUUUUGAAUUAGUUGAAAAUGUAAAGCAUAAUAAAUAAGAGACUGUUAGAGUUUCAUUGUGAAAAACAUAUACAUUUUCCUGAAAAAAAAAUGUGUUACAGGUGAUUUCUCUACAAUCUAAGAUUGUAGAAGCAUGUUAAAGUUUUUCUACACAGGCCUGCACUCAGUAUUGAUUAUUAAGGAUGUAGCAGCGAGAGUGUCAGGCUUGGCCAAAAUGGUUCAUAAAGACUCAAUUAAUAUCCAAGACCCAGAACUACUCAUUAGGUAAGAAAGACAUGAAGGUUACAAUGCAGCCCUUAGUCUCAGACUGACCUCAUUAGCUCCCUUCAGCCCACAGUUGAGAAAAUUCUAGAGAUGUCAUCCUUGUCAAUGUGAGAUCAAAAGGAGUGCUCAUGGAUUAGGCUAUUAUGUACCUCCAUGGAUUAUAAUGAGAACAGAGGCAAGACUACCUGAUUAUCUACAUAAAACUGGAACCCAUAUGCUUUUAAGAAAACAAAAUUCAUCACAGAUUCUAAUGCAAUGAUUUUAUAAAAUAAUCAAGGGACUAGGAUUAUGUUUUUCCUCCUUUCCUCUUUCUAUCCCUUAAAUUCAACUGUGAUGGUAUUACAGAGUAUGACAAUGUAAAAUAUAAAUAUUUUUACAUAUUCGAUAAGGGUAAAAGGCAAUACUCCCUUUCUUAAAUACAAUGACCAUACUUAUAAAUUCAAUUAUCUGGUUUAUUCUGCAUCUAUAUCAUCAUGGGAUAAAAAAGUGCUUUUCAAAAAUAAACACAUGAUAAGGAGAUUAAAAGUCUAAAUUUAGACCCAAGAAAAAAAAACAAGGAAAUGUGAAGUUAACUCAUGAUCAAAAUCCAUUUUAGCUAUCGGCACCUAUAAUAUAAUUUGCUAGCAUUUCUGAGCCAUGGAUUUCUCAUCUGUUAUCUAAAGGUAAUAGACUGUAUAUUAGAUCCAUCUAAAAUGUCUUCAUAAAUAUUGAUGUUGAUCAAAAAACUUGGUUCAAGUAUAUGAGCUACCAUAUGUUCUAGAGUUUUCUUCCAUGCUUUCUUUCAGGUGGCUAUGUCCUAUGGGUGGUAAAAAAUGGGUUAGGGGAGAAUUGACAGACAGUUUUAAGUGCUGCUAACGAAGAAAAUGUAGUGAAGUUUCACAAAGAACAGAGAAUGUUCAAAGUGGUAACUUGAUUCCAUUCAAGGUUGCCAUACAGGCAUAGCCAGUGCUUGGCCUGAAUAGUUCAAGUAAUUUUAAUAAAGGGACUUAUGCUCAAGGAAUGGAGGUCAAAGCGAUCACACUGAAACAAAAUGUGCCAAUCCUUCUAAGAUGUGAAUUGUAAGCAUCAGUAAUUCAUAAAGCUACUUUGAAAGCAAGUGUAUAUUUUAUUGUUGUAAUUUGCACUAUGAUAUUAUCGUGUUCAAGCAAACUUCAAAUACUCUGAAAUCUAAUGCCAAAUGUAUAGUUCAUAGGCUCAUGUUAUUAGAAGAAUUUCGUUGCAUUGUGCCAGCUCUUAACACCGUUAAUCCAUGGGUGUGUCAUUAUGAUGCAGAGCCAACAGGGUUGCUGUAAGCACACUAAUUACUCAUCUGGGGUUUUAUAGAUAAAAUCAUACAUUGAUCAGAAAUCACUUUUCUACUUAUUUUUUUGUAGAGUAUUUUUCCACACUUGAAAAAACAUGAUUAUUUUAUAUCAAACAUCAGUUUUUCUUUAAAAUCUUAUUUUAGUAGUCAAUGCAUGUCUGAAAUAAGAUGUUAAGUAUUAUAUGACAAUAUUAAUAUUGUGUUUGUAAGUGAAAACAAUGCAUGCUGAAAUGAAUCAUGCAGCCUUGGGGGCAUACUUUUCUACUGCUAACUUACAUGCAAGCUUUGUCUUAAUCUGUGUGCAUGGUUCACAUCCUUUCAAGAGUCCUUUUUGAAUAUUUACAAACUGAUAUGUGAUUCUUAGUGCUGAUGAGCCAGUGAACCAAGGUGCAAUAUCAUUCUGCUUUAGUUUUUCUUCCUACUUUACAUUAUAAUGUUGCAAAUUUUCACAAAAUACUUUUUUGGAGUUGUUGGCAAUAAACCACAACAAAUAAAACAAUUUGCUGGUAAACUUUGCAACCGACUACACGGCAAUUUAAUAUUACAAAACAUGAAGACAUGAAAAAAACCAUUUUAUGAGUUCCAUUAUAUAAAUACAAUAUUCUGGUAACUUUUUUGUAUAAGCUUAUCAUUUUUUUUUGAAACACUGCCAAAAUCAGUACUACUGCCAAAAGGGAGAAACACUGAUCAGAACUGCAUUACACUGACUUGAGCAAUAACAGGCUAUCCUUACUGUGUAGACAGCCAAUUGGUACCGCAAGGGAGAGGGGGGGUAAUGGUAGACUCAUUGUUUUGUUUUUUAGUAAUUUGCAAAACAUAUAAGCAGUAUGAAUUUUGGCAACAGAGAUAUGUCUUUACAUGAUGAUAAUUUACAGAUAUCUUUAAAAAUAAAGCUCAUUCCAUUCUGGAAAGGAUGUGUCCAAGCAUUUUGUUUGGUUGGUUUGAUUUGUCUCAGAAACAUACUUGUUUUUGAAAGGCCUAAUUUCAAACAGGUAAUAUAUGUAGACCAACUGCUCCUUCGUCAAAUAAGAAGUAAUUUUUUUUUUCUAACCUAUAAUGAGGAGAACAUAGCUCAAUCACUCAAAUCACCAGUAUAAACAUUCAUGGUGUUGGAAGGUGAUUUCACUGUUAUGCUAUCAAAACAAUGAAAACCUUAGCUAUCUAUUUAUUUGCUUACUUAUUUACAGAAGAUGGCUUCUUAACAGCAUCAAUUAGGUUAAUAUAAUGCUAAGAAAAUUGACUCUAGUUAACUAUUUUAAAUCAAAAUCCUGAAGAUCAGUCCUCUUGCAGUCCCAAAGAAAAGCAUUGAUCCAAAUGAUGAACAGCCUGCCCAGCCUGAGAGAGGGCAACUACAACAGUCAUGAUAGGUGUGAGCAGUAAACAGGAUUACUGGAUCAUUCGUUCAUGACAUUGUAGGCGUGUGAAAGGAUGAUUACACCAUUCAUGAUACUGUAGGUGUGUAACAUGCAAAAAACUUCUCAUAUGAGCUCUUAGUUUGAUAUUGCAUGCUUCCCUCCAUUGACAUAACCUGUAAAUAACAACACUUUGUGGCAGCUAAGCAAAUAUUUUAAUAAGCCAUGAAAGGCACGAUAUAAUAGGAAAUCUGUACUUUCAGCUAUUUGGAAAAAUUGUACUUUCCAUAAAUUAAGUGAAAGUUGCCGUUUGAAAUUUCCAUCCCUUAAAAAUACACCAAAACUAUGUUCGUCCAGUUCAUCAUUGUCUUUUUUCAGGCGUAUAAAUAUAUGAUGUGAAUGCUACAAUUCUGUGAAAUUUUGUUUAGCAAGUACGGAUUUUAAGUCUUCACAAUGUUUCAAAGGAAGAGUAAAUGUAUAAAGAAUUUGAGCCUGUAAGAAAGAAGUCUCUUUCUAAUGUCACAUUUACUAUAUUUGAUGUAAAUACCUCACUGAUAAGACAUUGGAAUUAUUGAAUGUGUAAAUAACAAUGUUCUAUUCAGGCCUAAUGAAUUCCUGUAAUGUGAAUAUUUAAAAUAAAAGAACUCAAAUUA